AUGGCCGACUGCUACCAGAGAAUGGAAAAGUUUCAGGUGCUUCAGAUCGCUCUAGAGGAGCAGGGGCUGGAGCUUACCCCAGACGGGCGGUACGUACGCUGGGCCAGCAAUAAUUUGAAGCAUCCAAGGAACUGGAGCAAGCUCCGGAAGGCAUACGACAUAGGCCUCAUCAUUUUUCUUGAAUUCUAUACAACAGCCAUAAACGCGUCUGGAGCGACGGCAGCAAAAGAUGCAUUGCACGAAUUUGAUAUCGACUUGACCUUUGCCAUAUUUCUCUUUGUCUCGACGUACUGUCUGGCGCAAGCUUUCGGAAACGUCAUCUUUCCCCCGUAUUCCGAGGCCUUCGGACGAAAGAAGCUAUAUGUCAUCAGCGCUGCGUUGUUCAGUGGCUUUAGUAUCAUGAUUGCGGCCGUACCUUCGAUGGGAGCAAUGGUUGCCGGGCGAGCGUUGACCGGGUUGGUUUCAGCCGUGCCAACUGUUAUCGUUACCGGCAGCAUUGAGGACAUGUUUAACGCACGGGAUCGGAUCUGGCUCGUCUUUGCAUAUAUGGUGGUCGCCAACUUCGCGGUAGCUUCAGGCCCUGUGAUGAGUGGGUAUAUCACCGCUCAGCUAGGAUGGAGAUGGGUGUUUUACAUCUCUGGUAUUGUUACGGGAUUCGCGGCAGUGUUGCUCCUUGGCAUUCGAGAGUCGCGGCCGUCGCUUCUUCUCACGUGGGAAGUCAACAAGCUGCGCCAGGUGACGGGCGACAUAACUCUUCAAGAGCUGAAUCCCGACACCAUGCCCAAGCUUCGUGAUUUCGUGCGUGAGGGGCUCUUGCGGCCACUGCGGCUCUUCUUCACUGAGCCGAUUGUAUGUGCCUGUUCGCUGAUGAGCGGCUGGAGCGUUGCUCUCCUGUACCUCUUUACCGAAUCCCUGCCAACCAUCUACGAAUCCAUGGGCUUCGGACAGCAAGAAUCCAACCUGCCAUUUAUCGCUAUGGGGGUGGGUUUCAUACCCAGUAUCGUCGUUCGGUUGGUGGAUCAACGUAUUGCGGCGCAGCGGCACCGUGACAGGCUUCCCUUGCUUCCAGAGAACAAGCUGCUUGGAAUAGCCCUCGGGGCACCGUUCCUCGCCAUUGGACUCUGGUGGUUUGCUUGGAUGGUCCCUCCCGCUGUACCGGGGAUUCACUGGUUUACGACGUUUAUCCCGCUGUUUUUCAUUGGCUUCGCAAUCUACGAGCUCGGGACGGUGCUCUCGGGCUAUCUCGCGGAUAGUUACCACAGCUACGCCGCGAGUGCGUUUGCUGCGAUGUCCCUGGCACGCUCGUUCUUAUCGGCACUGUUUCCGCUGAUUGCGCCGAAGAUGUUUGGCGCCUUGGGGUCAAACGUGGCCUUGUCAAUUUUGGCUUCAGGGGCCCUUGCCUUCUGUCCGGUGCCGUUCGUCUUCCGGUACUAUGGGCAGAGACUGCGCGAACGGAGCAAGUUUGCGCAGUACAGUCUGCAGGUGUAUGAGGAGACCACCGUUGAGAGGGAAUACUAG